AACUGUUUAAAAACAACCACUAUGGCUACAGAAACACACGCAUUUGAUCAAACUUAUACAUUUAUUCUGCUUCCUAACAAAACAUUCAACUUUAUUCAGGAUCCUAAUAUAACUGCACUCUUGAUGAAAUGGUCAAUGUUAGGAAGAAUUUCCGUCCAGGCCUAUAACUUCGACCAAACAUUUCAAGCAUAUAAAAAGAAUGAUUUUGCAUUGAAUUUUUUUCUGGACCCUUGUGUGAAAAAGAACCUACGAAUGCUGGAUUCUUCUGGUGUGUCAGUACCUCUGGGCAGAGACGUUACACAUGUGGAUGUUCAGCUUGUUCCCUGCACUGCAGUGUCAGUGGACAUAUUUGAUCCGAUCUUUUCGAGUGGAAUUGUGCGUCCCUCUGGCCACAUUACUAAAUGUUACCAUGAAGUUCAUCCUGACUUUGAUGAGCUGAGAAUGAUGCUGCUUGAGGAGGAUUCAGAUAAUUACCACGUGGUGAGUCUAUGUGAUCGUCAGGAGUUCCUUUUCAGGCUGUUUAAGCACGUUGUACUGGGUGGUGAACUUUGCCAGUAUGAAGAUGUCAUCAAGCCCUACAUUGAAACAGCAAAAACUAUUUACAAGGAGUUAGUGAGCGCUCAAAAGAAUUCAGACACGAAAGAGAUCAGCGUUAUCUCAACGAUUUUAAAAGUCUCUGCUUACGACAAGAACGGCUUGUGUUAUCCUGCUGGACGAGACCAGGAGCAGAACUUCUCUUAUCUGUGCAUCGAUCCACUCAAAAGACACGUGUACGUCCUGUAUCACAGUUUUGGAGUUGGACUGUUUUCUGAUAACAUUAUGUAAAUGUGUUACUGAUUAAUAUUAUUGAUUAAUAUUGUUUUUGUAUAUGAGAAAAUAAAUGAUGUACUUUCUGAAUCAAAA